AAUUAGAUUUGAACUGAGAAAAUUGAAUGUAUCGUUUAUAUUAGAUUUAUACUCUGUGACGAAACCUCGACAGUGAGGACGGGGGCUUGUCAGGCGUCACGCUGCUGUGUGCGUGGUGUUGUGACAGCGACCAGCUGUUUGCGCUUAAAUAACGUCGAUGAAACUCCAGCACGUCCAAUAGCAGCUGCCGGUCGGUGGGCGGUGAUAGUUGAAUAAGACUUCAAGCAUUCACAGGAUACUUGUACACAGACGCAGCCGCUCGCUGUUGCAGACAUUAACACUCCGCUUCCUGUGUCGCGCUGUUUGACUACAUUAGACAACAUGUCAGAGAUGGAAGGAGCUGGAGAGAAGAUGCAGAAGAAGCCGCUUCGCCUUAUAGCAGCAGUCUGCAACAACAUGGGCAUCGGGAAAGACGGCUCGAUGCCCUGGAAUUUACCAUCCGAAUUCCAGUACUUUCUCAACCACAUCACGGGAGUCUCGAGACCAGGAAAGAUGAACAUGUUGGUCUGGGGCAGACGGUGCUGGUUCUCACACCCAGAAUAUACUUUCCCUCUGGCCAACACUCUGCAUGCGGUGCUGAGCACGACGCUGGAGACGGUUCCAGAUCAUGCUCACUUUGUGUGUCCAGACUUAGACAGCGCUGUCCGCCUGGCUGCGCAGCCCCCCCUCGCUGGCCUGAUUGAGACCAUCUGGAUUAUUGGUGGGACGCAGGUCUACGAGGAGGCAAUGAAGCACCCGUGGUGUGACUUGGUUUACUUCACAGACAUCAUGGCAGAAUUUGACUGCGACGUUUUCUUCCCCGAGUUUGACAGAGGACUAUUUAAAGAGCAAGAAGGGUUUCCUGGUGUACCGAGUGGAAUUCAAGAGGAGAAUGGCAUUAAGUACAAAUACCAAGUAUUCAAGAAAGAGACAGAAAAUCAAUAGAUUGUUAAAAAUAAAGCGCGUAUAAUCACUCAUUCCUUUUAAAAGCUUUUAAGAUUGAUUGCAGUCUUGAUAUUUUAUGAAGCCAAAGUUUUGCUAAUACUCUUUCCUUGAACAUUCCAGUGUAAAUGUAACGUUUUUAUAAUCCAUGAAAAACUUGAAACGCCGACACUUUAACAGCAGUUCAGUUUAUAUUCACUCUUCUCCCAUCAAUGAUUGCUGCUGCUUUGUCUGACAUUAUGCUCUCUGUUCUAGUGUAAAAAACUGAAAAAAAAAUAAAUCCCCAGCCACCCUCUGCUGCUGUCAGUGUUAUCAGUGUUCCCAUCUCCUCGUCCUCCUCAGUUAUAUUGCAGCUGCACAGAGAAUAUGUUCGUCAGUGAGUCAGCGGCGUUCUGCGUCACACAGCAGAUCUGGUCCUUUCCAAGCCAACAUGACAGAUGCUAGUUUAGAAAGCAACGAGUGAAUUAUCCUCAGGGUUUGACUGGCUUGAUAAAUUGAAAGAUAAUGGAGAAAAUUGAAUUUGUUGUGGUUAAAAAUGGAAAUUGGAAAUUGUACUUAAGUACAAUUUUAAGGUAGGCCUACGCAUACCUUACUUUAGUAUUUCCAUUUUAUGUAACUUAAUACUUUAACUUCAUUCUGCUCCUCUACAUUUUGAGGCAAAUGUACUUUUUACUCCACUACAUUUAGCUAACAAUUUGCCUUUUCUUUUUUUAAAUAAACCAUAUAAAAGUAGGGUAACGCUUUAUAAUAAGGUCCUUAAUAACGAAUAAUUAACAAGUAAUAAGGCAUUGUUCUCGCUUUAUUUCCCGGUUUUUGCAAAAAGCAUAGUUAACUUAUAGUUAACUUAUAAUAGAUGAGCAAUAAAGUAUAUUUUAAUAUCAAUAAGCAAACAAAAUAAGAUUAAUAAAGGCAUGGCAAAGACAUAAUGGGUGGGUCAUGGGUGUUUGUAAUGCCAUUAUUAACACUUAUAUAAGCUUAUAAACACACAAUAAUGUUAAUAAGCACCUUGUAAGGACUUACAAGGGCCUUAUUACUUGUUAAUUAAUGGUUAUUACAAGGACCUUAAUAUAAAGCGUUAUCAAUGUAUUUAUUGAUAAAGGUUUCUACCAUGCUUUUGUGAAUGUAGGAGGUUUUUCAUAAAAAUAAAUCACAGGUCAUUUUUUUUGAUGGACAAACUGAAAUUUUGCAACAUUGUUUGCAUUUAACUGUGAAUGAAAUGAUUCUUACUCA